AAUGGUUAAGUGCCUGUAAUUUAUCCGAAGCUGAUGAUGUAUCAAAGGUAUACAUUUGUUCGUGUCAUUUCAAGGAUAAAGAGAAAAAAAUUAAGUUGUUACGGGGAAAGUUUUUUGGGAACUGUCUACUUCCAGGAGUAGUUCCUUCUAUAUCAGUGACAAAUGCCCAAAAAGUCAUGUACAUCAGAAAUGAAACUGUCCAACGUCAAGAUAUAUCCAUCAGGGAAAGUGUAUCACUUGAGGGAAAGAUGAUCUGCGAUAUUAGUAACGAGCUUGCUACAGUUGUAGACACAAAAGUCAAUUAUCAUCGAUCACCUACGUUGUGUGUGUUAAAGGAAAUCACAGAACCCACAGAUAUUGCCAGUGAGAAUAUACCACAUAUAUCAUCAGGAGAAAAUUCGAAUAAUGAAGCUCCUAAUGAUGAUACUGGAGGUUUUGAAGUAGAUGUGUGCACUCCAAAGAAACGCAGAGUUGCAGAACCACGCUUCAUUUCUGAAAUUUGUGUUUCUGACGUCGCAACUCCCAGAAGAGCUAAACGGGUAAUUACACUUGUGAAGCAGAACGAUGCCAAGAAACGAGAACAAAUAAAACAACUUCAUCGCCAAAACAGGAAAUUGCUGAAGCGUAUCACUUAUUUAGAAGACAUGAUGAAGAAUACAAAGUUAGAAACAUUAUACAAUGUAUAUAUGUAAGGCACAGUUGAGUGUAGAUGCAGAAAUGCCAAUGCAGUCUGCAAUUAAAAACCGAGGGCCGUAUUUGACACCGUCUCCCGAUGUAUGCUCCAUAUGCCACAUUUUAGAGAAAGUAAUUAGACAGUCCUCCAACAACUUACAAAUAAAAAAUAUAAAAACAAUUUUGCUUAAUCAAAUUUUUAGUCAAAUAGGCAUUCCCUUUUCAAGCAAUGUAAUGGACGCGCACAUAAAAACGCAAGACGUACUGAAUAAUCAUCGAGUUCAGUUGUGUAAAUAUGUCAUAACCUUAUAUUUAAAUGUAAGAUUACAUCAU